AUGUCGAAUUUCUUUUACAGAGAUGUUAGCAACACACUCCUCAUGGAUCAAGAUUCAAACAAGGUUCGAAGCUCCAUUCCAUCUUGCAUGAAGCAUAGAAGUAUUUGGGAAGUAAAUACUAGAGAAGCCUUGACUGCAAAAAGGCGUACAAUGGUGUCUACAAAACAGAAGGUGGAGGAUGAGGUUGUUGCUUCAGUAAAUCAUAUAACAAUCACUGAAGUCACAAAGGAGGAGUCCCCUAUUGAAGACGACGCUGAAGAUGCUCCACCCACAUUUGAAGAAGGCGUACGGUUUACAAUUGAUGAAUUAAAGGAAGUCAACAUUGGCACUACUGAAGACCCUAGGCCAGUCUUUAUAAAUGCAAAUUUGUCCCUAGAAGAAGAAGAUGCUCAUGUUGAACUCCUCAAAGAGUAUAGGGAUGUUUUUGCUUGGACAUACAAAGAAAUGCCAGGUCUAGAUCCAAAGGUUGCUGUUCACCACUUAUCAAUUGAAGGUGAGGUCAACAAACUUAUUGGAGCUGGCUUUAUUCGUGAAGUCAAGUAUGCCACAUGGAUAUCAAACAUUGUCCCUGUAAGAAAGAAGAAUGGGCAAAUUCGUGUUUGUGUAGACUUUCGUGACCUUAACAGGGCAUGUCCAAAAGACGAAUUUCCUCUUCCUUUAACAGAAAUUAUGGUUGAUGCUACAGUAGGCCAUGAAGCUCUUUCAUUUAUGGAUGGGUUCUCUGGUUACAAUCAAAUUCACAUGGCUCCAAAAGAUGAAGAGCUCACCGCUUUUCGUACUCCAAAAGGAAUAUACUACUAUAAAGUUAUGCCUUUCGGAUUAAAGAAUGCGGGCGCCACUUAUCAAAGGGCAAUGCAAAGAAUCUUUGAUGACAUACUUCACAAGAAUGUAGAGUGCUAUAUUGAUGAUUUGGUUGUGAAGUCGAAGAAGUGA